AAUUUGGUUUGCCUUCGUUAUAAACAGCUGCUAUGAUCAUUCACUGAAUUCAAUCGUGUUUUUAUUUCUAAUCGCAAUUAGCAACUUUUGGUGUGUCUUUCGCGUUAAAAAAAGAAAAAUUGUAAAGAUGAGAUGAAUCUUCUUCUUCUUCUUAAUAUAAAUCAGGGAGAGAGAGAUAAUAUUAGAUCCUACUUUAAAGCAACCCAUAGAGCAGCCUUAUAAGUAAAGCACUAUUCUCACCAACAUUUUAUAAGGACAUCACUGAGUUUCUGUUCGAUCAGCUAAAUUCCAGGACUUGCAAUUAGGGAGCUAUUUGGCGGGUAAAUGCUUCAGUGGUUUUGUUUAGUUAACUGUCACUUAAAACCUUGUAACUUAUUUUGGACCACCAAACUAUAUAAUACCGGAGAGGGACCCCAUCAAAGACAAAUGUCAAUGUCAAAACGACCUUGUUUUAUAACCCCAUUUGCGAAUCUGGUUCUGGUGUGAAGAAACAUACAGUACAUAGGCAACAUAAGAGGAGGAGAUUUGAAAAGCCAUGGACCACCAAGACUAUAGCCGACAGAACGAGGAGAGGAGGCUCGUAUUGUCCAAAGAAGAAGAGAGGAUCCGCGAUGAGCUUGAAAUGGAAAUCGAAAGAAAUUUGGAAGGGGAAUUCAAGGAUGGGAUCUAUAACCUCGCUCUUAAGCUACGCCGACUGUAUGAACAAAGACGGGAAAGAGAAGCGUCCCUCGAUGUUUCCAUGAGAAAGAGCAAGCGAGUAUUGGAGGUGAACAUAAGUAUAAAGAUGGAAGGAGAUACCAAGACAGAGAUCACAGAGAGGAAGAAGGAAGUAGACUACGAUAAGACUAAAAAAGCAGAGAAAAUCUUGGACAAGAGCAACAAGUUUGCAGCAGCUGCUGAAGAUAAAACAGGAAAGGAGAAGAAUCGAACCAGGGCUCAUGAACUCAGAUGGAAAUGGUAAAGAGAUUGACUGGCCCUGUAUCUGUAUACGUACCUGUGCCUAUUUGCUGGUAUUUAUGACUGAUUUAUUUUAUUUUAUUUUCCUCCUGCAAAUCCUAUUUAAAUCACGAAUGAAAUAAGAGUUAUGUCUGCAUAUCACAUAGUGCAAUGAGGACAGUAAGAGUAACAACAAAAUCAUCUAUUUUAUUACAACCAUGUCCUAAUAUCUUAAGAAAAAAAAAAAGCAAAGGAAUGAUAUUGGUAUAUUAAGACAUGGUAACUGAUUAAGAAUGAGAAUCAAAUAAUUUUAAGUUUGCAAAAAAAAAAAAAAA